AAAAUUACGCGCACUUCCGCUUUAACCGCGGCUCAGUGUGUGAGUGGCUGUGGAUGUGGAGCCUCGGAUCAGACGAACACCUUCACUCCACCGGGUCUGUGCUGCUCCGCGCGCAGCCCGAGCUCCGGCAGAGCUGCAGCUUCCUCUGCGCUGAACACGAACACGGACACGUCUCAGAUCCCGGAGGUUUGGAUUCUAACUCUCUGGGUUUUCUACGUGAAAGGCGGAGGACGGAACUUUACGCAGGAAGCGGCCGCGGAGUGAGCGAGGCGACACCUGAGGGACACGGGAGUCUGGUACCAGUUUAUUCUGCGGCCACUUGUUGAUGGGGCAGCAGCUCCGAGUCUCCUCCUCGGGAGUUUCUUAUGCGUAAUUUGGAUAAAACGCGGCGCGUCGCUCGGGGGGGAGAAGGAAGUUCGACUAAGCUGCGAGGCUUUUGCGGCAGAUGGUGACUGGUGAUGUUUGGCGAGCGGUAACAACUCUCUGCAUCACGUUACACGCGGCUGCCAGCAGGUGAGCGGCGGCGGCAUGGGGAACCAGAUGGACAAGCUGUCACAUUUAAGUUACGCAGAAGUUCCCACGAUGGACCCGAACGGCGUGGACACGGAGGAGGGUCCGCGCAUCGGCGUCUCCUACAUAUUCUCCGGCGACGACGACGAGCUGGAGAAUGACGGCUGCGCGGUCGACGGCACCGUGAAGGAGCCGAAGCAGGAAGAGAAGCAGUACGACCAGAGGGACGAGGUGGAGUGCGCCGUGUACAACCGGGAGGAGUGCAUCUACGAGAAGAGCAGCAAGUGUGCCACCCUGGAGGUUUACUCCCCGGAAAACCUGCUCAACAAAUGCAAAGCGGGGGACUUGGUGGAGUUCGUGGCCACGGGGCAGUACCCGCACUGGGCCGUGUACGUGGGGGACUUCCAGGUGGUGCACCUGCACAGAGCCGAGGUGAAGAACAGCUUCCUGACGGACGCGAGCCAGGGCAGGAGGUGCCGGAUCGUGAACGACUUCUACAGGUUCAAAGCGCUGGGCGCGGACAUGGUGGUGCAGAACGCCAUGGAGCAGGUGGGCUUGAAGGACCGGGAGCUGAGCUGGAGGAACCCGGAGUGCUUCGCUGCCUGGUGCAGGUUCGGCAAGAGGGAGUUUAAGAUGGGCGGGGAGAUCCGGAUAGGCAAGCAGCCGUACAGACUGAAAAUAAUCAUGUCGGACAAACACUCGCAUGUGCUGGAGUUUCAGAGUUUGGAGGACAUGGUGAUGGAGAAGAGGAGGAACGACUAUCUGGGCAGGAGGGCGGUGCAGCAGGAGCUGGCCGCGCACUUCAACACCGUCAACAGGGAGCCAGGAGCCGACUGAUGCUCCUCAUGCUUUUAGAAAACAACUGCUUUCCCAGACCUGGGCCACUUCUGGCCCUGAUGUGGCCCCUCUCUGGCCUCCCUGUGGCCCACACAAAAUGGAUACGAGCCUAUGAAGUGGCCCACUUGUAAAAUAGCAAAUGUGACUCAAAUAUCCCAAAGCGGUGCUCUUGGAAAGGUGUAAUCUGGAUGUGAGCCCAAAGUGGCCCAUGUGGUGACUGGUGAACAUGGCCCAAAUAGCACAAAACACACUCGAGCCACCUUUGGCACCUUUCGGUUGACAUGUGGCAUUGCUAUGGCUUUUCCUCGUGGCCCAGCCCUGGUGAACAGGAGCGGACUGCUGCCAUCGUUCCAUGCGGUGUGUGGGCUGAAUGUGGGAUACGGGCCAAAUCUGGACCAACACACUUUUGCUAUGUGGGAUGCAAAUAGAGUAGCAUUUAACAAACACUAUGUGUGGCUUCAAUCCAUAGAAAGCCUUAGUCUGAAUUGCAGCAUUUCUACUUAUGAUUUUGAAUUAUGUCUUUAAUUCAUGUUUUCCUUAGUUUCUAACAAUUUAUUGCCUUAAAGCCACACUUCUCAACACCCUCUGAUGCUAAAUGGCCUUAGCAAUUAUGAAUUCAAUUACUGCAUCGAUUGGAUCAGCUCAACACAGAAUGUAUAGUUUUGUAAACGCUCCCCUCGUCUUUCUGUCAGAGUGUUUCUCUAUUCAUCGGGUGUCCUGUUACUUGAUCCUCGUGUGGUUUAAACUUCAUCCCCCGGCUCAGCUCACCUCAGACACUGAAAUGUCAGAAGACGGAUCCUCUUCGUCGUCCCUAUACUUUAUUUUGAAGGUUAAUCCUCACAACAGGCUCAACCUGAAGGAAUGACAAUGUGGUGGAGCAGGUCACUCGUGUUCGUCUGUUCACAGUUGGUGUUGAAUGUACCCAAAACUCAAGUAAACCACCAAUCACUGUCUCUUCUACCAAGGAAACUCCUCUCGUGUUGUGUUUUGAAGAUUCCUCCUGUCUUUGUGUCUGUUCAUGUCGAUUGUGUGAGUCUAUGUCCUGUCGUCUUCAUAUCAAAUAGUUUUUGACAUAAGAUCAUUCGCAGGGUUUGAGAGGUUAAGUGUUUGACUUCCUGCAGAAGAAGCAGUUGACAAAAUAGAGAAAAUAAGAUUCACAAGACAAUAAAUAGCAGAUAUUAGAUGAGGGUGUUUUUUUUAAAAGUAUUACUCUGUGGUGUGUUAUUUGUUUUCACAAACACAGGUUAAACUCACCGCACAGACUAGAGUUGUUCCGAUGCCGUUUCCCCUUCCUGAUGCAGAAUACCAAUCCAAUACCCUAAUAAAAUAUAUUUGAACUGCUCUAUGCUAGAAA